CUCGCUCCCGCUUCCGCCUUCUGCUACACCCUCGGAGCUUCUCUCUCUUCCCUCUUUUUACUCUCUCUCUCUCCUCUCUCUCUCUCUCUCUCUCUCUCUCUCUCUCUCUCUCUCUAUCUCUCCUCUAAUGACCGCGAACAAACCUAGAGUUUGACGCUGCCAAUCAAACUAGUACUGUGGGAAUUGUGAUUAGAAGUUGCAAUGUAUGCGAGGAGAAUAAAGUGUAGAAAUCAGUUAUGGACAGCAUUUCAGCCAUCAAAAUAUUUAACAAGACUAUACUACGUUGGUCGCGGAUCUUUGAUAAGAACAGUUUCAGGAAAUAAAUGUUCACAUGAUAGUUUCAUAAGAAGGAAUUUCUUAUGUUCGUUUUCGUCAAAAAGUGUUGCCUCUGCCUAUUGUCAUACCCAUUUGGAUUUGAAGUCUAAUAAUACUUAUUUAAAGGCUAUUCAGUUACGUGCGUAUAGUUCGGAAGGCGAUGGAAGAAAUGCCAGUGAGGAUAAACGUGUACCUGUAAAAGAUGAAGCUAACUUUGUUAAAGGAAAGAAUUGGCAAGAAAUGGCUGAGGAAGGUAUCAGGAGCUGCGAUGCCCAUGCUCGGCUUGGAGAGCAAGAUCAAAAAGAGUGGCUCAUUAAUGAGAAGCUCUCCAUUGAAACUAGAAAAAAAGAGUCUCCUUUCUUGACUAGACGUGAUAGGUUCAAGAAUGAGUUCCUUAGAAGGAUUGUUCCAUGGGAGAAGAUAACCGUUUCGUGGGAAACGUUUCCAUACUACAUUCAUGAACAUACAAAAAAUCUUUUGGUGGAAUGUGCUGCUUCCCAUUUGAAACACAAAAGAGUCGCUACUUCUUAUGGUGCUCAUUUGACAUCUUCAAGUGGGAGGAUUCUUCUCCAGAGUGCACCAGGUACUGAGCUUUACCGUGAGAGAUUAGUUAGAGCUCUUGCACGCGAUUUACAAGUCCCUCUUCUUGUUCUGGACAGCAGUGUUCUGGCGCCUUACGAUUUUGGUGACGAUUGCCAAUCAGAGAAUGAAUCCGAUGAUGAUAAUGCAUUACUCGGGGAGGACGAUUUGGAAUCAGAGGCGGAGGAUGAUAAUGAUGCUAGUAAUGAAGAGGAAUGGACUAGCAGUAAUGAGGCAAGGUCGGAUUGUACCGAUAAUGACGAAGUGGAGGUGAAGGAAUCUGCUGUAGAAGCCUUUAGGAAGCUUAUUAAUCCCCACAGUGUUGAAGAAUUUGAAAGGAGAGUCUCUGGAGAGUCUGACAACUCAUCUUCGUCCUCAAAUGUUGAGGCUGCUGAGUCUUCUACACAGCCGCUGAAGAGAGGUGAUCGGGUGAAAUAUAUUGGGCCGUCUGUUAAUAUUGAAGCGGAUAAGAGGAUCGUAUUGGGAAAGAUAUCAACAUCUGAUGGUCCAACAAAUACUUAUACCAUUAUUCGUGGCAGGGCUUUGUCAAAGGGCCAACGGGGUGAGGUAUAUGAGGUGAAUGGAGAUCGAGCUGCUGUUAUUUUGGAUAUUGGUGAAGUCAAAGUAAAUGAUGUUAGUAAGGAGGACAAAGAACCGGAGCAACCUGAAAAGCCACCUGUUUAUUGGAUAGAUGUUAAGGACAUUGAGCAUGAUCAAGACACCCAGGCUGAAGAUUGCUUUAUAGCAAUGGAGGCUCUGGCAGAGGUAUUGCAUGAAAUGGAACCUCUUAUUGUGUAUUUUCCAGACUCUUCUCAAUGGUUGUCUAGGGCAGUUCCAAAGUCGAAACGUAAGGAGUUUAUCCAGAUAGUUCAAGACAUUUUUAAUCAUUUAUCAGGUCCUACUGUUCUGAUUUGUGGGCAGAACAAAGUUGAAUCUGGAUCAAAGGAAAAAGAGAAAUUUACAAUGAUACUUCCAAAUUUCGGUCGUCUUGCUAAGCUGCCUCUGUCUUUGAAGCGUCUUACCGAGGGACUCAAAGGAACUAAGAGAUCAGAUGACAGUGAAAUAUUUAAGCUGUUCACAAAUGUUUUGACUUUGUAUCCUCCGAAGGAGGAUGAUCUCCUUCGAACAUUCCAUAAACAGGUGGAGGAAGACAGGAGAAUUAUCAUAUCACGGAGCAAUUUGCAUGAAUUACAUAAGGUUCUCGAGGAACACGGGCUGUCAUGCAUGGACUUACUGCACAUAAAUGCGGAUGGCGUGAUCUUAACAAAGCAGAAAGCUGAGAAAGUUGUUGGAUGGGCAAAAAAUAACUACCUUUCAUCUUGCACCCUUCCUUCUGUAAAAGGGGAAAGAUUAAAUCUACCUCGUGAAAGCCUUGAAAUUGCGAUUCUGAGGUUGAAGGAGCAAGAAGCUAUAGCUCGGAAGCCAUCGCAGAGUUUGAAGAACCUUGCAAAAGAUGAGUACGAGACCAACUUUGUUUCAGCAGUUGUGCCUCCUGGUGAAAUUGGCGUUAAGUUUGAUGAUAUAGGUGCUCUUGAAAAUGUGAAGAAAGCAUUACAAGAACUUGUGAUUCUUCCAAUGAGGAGACCAGAGUUGUUUUCUCAUGGAAACUUGUUGCGGCCUUGCAAAGGAAUAUUACUUUUUGGGCCUCCUGGAACUGGAAAAACACUUCUUGCUAAGGCGCUUGCAACUGAAGCUGGAGCGAACUUUAUCAGCAUAACUGGUUCGACACUUACAUCAAAGUGGUUCGGUGAUGCUGAAAAGCUUACCAAAGCUCUCUUCUCCUUUGCCAGCAAGCUUGCACCGGUCAUUAUAUUUGUUGACGAGAUUGACAGUUUGCUUGGGGCUCGUGGUGGUGCUUUUGAGCAUGAGGCAACUAGAAGAAUGAGGAAUGAAUUCAUGGCAGCUUGGGAUGGAUUGAGAUCAAAAGAUAGCCAAAGAAUCCUCAUCCUUGGCGCAACAAAUCGGCCCUUUGACCUUGAUGAUGCUGUGAUUCGUCGCUUACCAAGGAGAAUAUAUGUAGACUUACCAGAUGCUGAAAACCGUCUAAAGAUUUUGAGAAUAUUUCUUGCACAAGAGAAUUUAGGUCCUGAUUUUGAGUUUGAGAAGUUAGCUUCUGGGACAGAAGGAUACUCUGGUAGUGAUUUGAAGAACCUCUGUAUUGCUGCUGCAUAUAGACCUGUCCAAGAGCUUUUAGAGAAAGAAAAGAAGGAAAGCACAAAUGGUGUACCACAAGUUUUAAGACGACUCAAUCUGGAUGAUUUUAUUCAGUCAAAAGCCCAGGUUGGACCGUCAGUUGCUUACGACGCCACGACCAUGAACGAGCUUAGGAAAUGGAACGAACAAUAUGGCGAAGGGGGAAGCAGGAAAAAGUCACCAUUUGGCUUUGGGGACUGAUUUUAUUUGGCUGUUACAGUACGUAUUCUUUGAAGGGAUAAAGAGGGGGAGAUGAAGGAAAGAAGAGGCCCAAAAUGAGUUGUUGGGAUGAUUCUUGACGAUGAAAUAUUUUCUUCUGCACCCUUUUAGUUGAGGUGGACAAAAAAAAGGCCGCCUUAGAAAAUGCCUCGUAGUUUAGGUGCUUUAUAGAGAUUUUUUCUUCGUUGCCAGUCUCUCGACUGUUGUAUAUUACAAUCUCACUUUUUUUUUUUUAU